CUCCCCCCUUCUCCCUCCCUCCCCCUCUCUCUUCCCGCUCCCUUCUUCCUCGUCCUCUUCCUCCUCUCCCCUCUUCGUGUCUGUCCCAUGUGAGUGGUGUGGCGAGCACGCCGGAGCCAUGAGCCUGCAGAAGCACAUGCAGCUGGGCUCGGAGCGCGACCUGCAGUCCACCGCCUCCUCCAUCAGCCUGCCCUCGGUGAAGAAGCCCAAGGGCGGGCGCCUCGCUGGGUUUCGCUUUCGCGGGCCCCAGCCCAAGCGGAAAACCCGCGACUUGGCGCUGUCGGCAGGAUGCGCCGCCUCGGCGGGAGGGGUGGACGGCAUCGCCAGCGUCGAGAGCGUCCAUUCGGACACCUACCACGAGAAGGCCCUCGCGGCCGGGGCAGGAGCGGCCUCCAGCUCCACGGGGGUCUCUCACGCCUCUACCUCCUCAGCGGUGUCGACGUCCUCCGCGUCCAAGUCGGAGCUGCUGGAAUGCCCGUUGUGCCUUCUGCGCCACACACGCGACAACUUCCCCGAGAUCAUGACGUGCGCGCACCGCUCCUGCGCCGACUGCCUGCGGCAGUACCUUCGCAUCGAGAUCAGCGAGAGCCGCGUCAACAUUUCCUGCCCCGAGUGCGCCGAACGAUUCAACCCCAACGACAUCCGCGCCAUCCUUGCUGACCGCUCACUCAUGGACAAGUAUGAGGAGUUCAUGCUGCGCCGCUGGCUCGUAGCCGACCCCGACUGCCGUUGGUGCCCAGCCCCUGACUGCGGGUAUGCCGUGAUUGCCUUUGGCUGUGCCAGCUGCCCCAAGAUCACGUGUGGCCGAGAGGGCUGUGGCACGGAGUUCUGCUACCACUGCAAGCAGCUGUGGCACCCCAACCAGACGUGCGACGCCGCGCGCCAGCAGCGGGCGCAGAGCCUGCGCCUCAGGACCAUCCGCUCGUCAUCGCUCACCUACAGUCAGGAGAGCGGCGCUGCUUCUGAUGACAUCAAGCCCUGUCCUCGCUGUGCUGCUUACAUCAUCAAGAUGAACGAUGGCAGCUGCAAUCACAUGACGUGUGCAGUGUGCGGCUGUGAGUUCUGCUGGCUCUGCAUGAAGGAGAUCUCCGACCUGCACUAUCUCAGUCCUUCAGGCUGCACCUUCUGGGGCAAGAAGCCGUGGAGCCGUAAGAAGAAGAUCCUGUGGCAGUUGGGCACAUUGGUCGGGGCGCCCGUUGGCAUCGCGCUCAUCGCGGGUAUCGCCAUCCCAGCCAUGAUCAUCGGGAUCCCCGUCUAUGUGGGCAGGAAGAUCCACAACCGUUACGAGGGAAAGGACAUCUCCAACCACAAGAGGAACCUGGUGAUUGCGGGUGGCGUUACCCUGUCUGUCAUUGUGUCACCGGUGGUGGCUGCAGUGACUGUUGGCAUUGGGGUGCCCAUCAUGUUGGCCUAUGUUUAUGGGGUGGUGCCCAUCUCACUGUGCCGCAGUGGGGGAUGUGGCGUGUCGGCAGGCAACGGCAAAGGGGUGCGCAUCGAGUUUGAUGACGAGAAUGACAUGAACGUGGGCAGUGGAGUGGCUGCAACUGACACCACGUCGGUGGCAGACCCGCGGCACAACCACAGCCUUGGCGAGGGCAGUGUGGGAGGCCUGACGGGCAGCCUAAGCGCUAGCGGUAGCCACAUGGAGCGCAUCGGGGCCAUGCGGGACAACCUGAGCGAGACGGCCAGCACCACUGCCCUGGCUGGGGCCAGCAUCACCGGCAGCCUAUCGGGCAGCGCCAUGGUCAGCUGCUACAACAGGCUGGAGGUGCAGGCGGACGUCCAGAAGGAGCGCUGCAGCCUGAGUGGAGAAUCUGCAACGGUCAGCCUUGGGACAAUCAGUGACAACGCCAGCACCAAAGCCAUGGCCGGCUCCAUCCUCAAUGCUUACACACCCCUGGACAGGGACAGUAAUGUGGAGGUGCAGGUGGACGUGGAGACCAAGAAGCCUCAGCACGUCAGCAGUGCGGACGACUGCGUAAGCCACACCUCCCGUUGUGCCUGGACUUGCCAAUCAUCCACCACUAACUCCUCCUACUGCUCUGCACGCUGGGCCAAAGAUCCCUCCUCCUCUUCGUCCUCCUCUUCCUCCUCCUCCUCCUCCUCGUCUUCCUCCUCCUCGGGGAAGAAGCAUAAGGGCAAGUUGAGGAAGAAGAGCGGAGGCAGUACCGGUGGUGGCGGAACGCAGAUCAACGAGACGCGGGAGGAGCCGGACGCCCAGCUGCUGGAGUGCCGCAGCGUCCACUCCAGCGGGCCGGACUCGCCCUCGCUCAGCGGCAGCCUGCCCUCCGUGGCCGACUCCCACUGCAGCCAGCUGUCCGAGCUGAGCGCCGCGUCCGAGCCCGGCCCCCCAGAAACCCCCACCCCUGUUGCCGCGUCCGCCCGGCCCCCGGCACAGCUGCAGCAGCACGGACGCUUCUCCUCCGUCAGCCCCCUGCCCGAGGUGGAGCACGACCGGCUGGAAAGCUGCCCGGAGCCGACUGGCGCCGGUGGCGGAGCUCGCUGUGGUGGCGGUGGCGGGGUCCUAGUCACGGCUGCCACGGGGUCCUCGCGCACCCCUGAGGCGCCCACGCUGUGCCUGAUCGCAGAGGAGAACGUGAGCGUGGUGCAGUCGGCUGAGCCGCAGUCCCGCAGCGGGGGAGACCACGAGGAGCCACGAAGGGGAGCCAACGUCAGCAGCAGCACUAGCAGUAGCCCCAGCUCACAGCGCCACCUGUGGGUCAGCAAAGGCAGCUGCAUUCAGAGUGAUCUGUGAAUCGGACUGGGAAAUAUACAUGUACACACAUACAUACACGGACACACACCACAAGUGCUGCAAAAAGACAACCCUGCCCCCCACCCCCUCCGCACGCGCACACACACACACACACACACACACACACACACACACACACACACACACACACACGCAUCCCUCUCUGCACAGACUGACCGCACUGCAGUGCCUCACUGAGCUGGUGGCCCCCAGUCCCCACCCUGCCUGCAAAAGCUGGCCCUGAUUUGCAGGCCAGCAGCAGCAAGGGGUUUGGUUCUCUAACCUCUCCCAUUUCCGCUCUCACUUUGAAGCCCCUUAUAAGCCUGUAGCUAAGCAUCCAAGCGAUACCUUUUCCAGCAUAUGCUGUGUGCUGUGUCCCAGCACCGGGGGGUCUGUGGGAAGAUGUAGACACAAGAGCAGGGGCUGGCAGUGAGGUUUGAUGAGGUGGUGUGGUGAUGCCAAAGUGUAGCAGGCAGACACUAGGGCACCGCACUCUACCGGACUGCAUUAGACACUGGAGGUUGGGCCAUCUCCAGACUGUUGGAUAGAGAACCACUGUGUCAGCAGCCCCACAUACACACGCACACGCACACACAGACACACUCUUAAGGCUGUGUCUGGGGGCUUAUCUUAACCCACACACAUGCAAAGACCUAGUUUUCAGCUCUCUCCCAAACAGGCUCCAUGUUAAUCUUCAUAGGGACCAUGCAAUAAUUUUUGUUAUG